CCCCCCCCCCACCACGCAAGCGGCUCUCCCAGACACAGAAGAGGUGGCGGACGGUGGGGUGCUCGGACAUUGUCCACCCGGCGGCCUGGGGCCCAGGGCGGUGAAGGAUGGAGUGGCUAGUGUCCGGCGCGGAGCGGGAGCUGGGCAUCGAGCGGCGGCAGCUGGCGCUGGGCGAGGGCCGCCAGCUGGUGGCCCUGGUGCCGGCGCGCUGGGCCGGUAGCCUGCGGCAGGGCUGGCCGGGCCCCUGCCCCCGACCCGAGGGUCUGAGCACGGCCGAGCUCUCCGCCCUGCUGCAGCGCUCGGCUUACAAGCUGCCGGCCGGCUGGACCCGCGUCUCCAUCCAGGGCGUGCGGAAGAGACGGCUGUCCCGCUGGCAGCCGCCAGAGGCCGGCGCUGGGCCGCCCGACCUCGACUCCCUCUGCGGGUUCAUGAGCCAUGUGGCCGAGCAGAACUUCCGCAACCUGUGGCGCGAAGCGCACUGCGCAGCCGCAGGGCGGUGCCAGAACAAGGCCACGGCCACGGCCACAUCCGCGUCACAGACCCCGUCAAUGUCCCAUGCCACGCCCACAUCCGCGUCACAGACCACAUCAUAUGGCACGCCCACCUACUCGUCACAAACGCCGCCCACGUCGCAGGCCACGCCCGCAUGCACGUCACAAUUCACGACACCCGACCUCUCCAACGCCCCGCCCAAGAAUCCCAAUUUGGCUCCACCCACCUCGACGUCACAUUGCACUUCCACCCCCUCGUCACAAGCCACGCCCACCGCCACCUAUUUCCCGCCAACAGCCGCGGCCCUGCCUACCCAUACGUCACGGGCCGCUUCACUCGACGCCUUCAAGGCCGCCCUCAGUCGGGCGCUGGGCUGCAGCUUAGUGCGGGUGGAGGCGCAUGAAGGCGGCCCGUCACCCGCCCCCGCCCCAAGGCCUAUCCACCCCAACCUGCUGCCGGCCCACGCCCUGCUGGAGACGACCGAGGCCCUGUACCUGGUGCAGCAGCUCCCCUGCUACACCCUGCGGGAUGCCGUCACCUUCAGCCCCGCCAAGCUGGCUGGCAGCCACGCCAAGGUGCUCUUCGUGCUGUACCAGGCCCUGCAGGCGCUCCGGGCCUGUCACCGGGAGGGGCUGGCUGUCGGCGGCCUCACGCUGGCACACCUGGCGCUGGACGAGAAGCUCUUCACCCAGGUGCGCCUCAACCUCGGCGACUACGAAGGGGAUGACGACGACGAGGAGGAGGAGGAGGAGGAGCAGCAACAGCCGGAGGAAGAGGAAGCGGGGGCCUUGGAGCCCAGCUCGGAGCCCCGGGACCUGCGGGAACUGGUGACCAGCUGGGUGCAAGGCCGGGUCAGUAACUUUGCCUAUUUGAUGGGUGUGAACAGGCUGGCGGGCCGACGGUCGGGCGAUCCCAACUACCACCCGGUGCUGCCUUGGGUGGUAGACUUCAGCAGCCCGCACGGCGGCUUCCGCGACCUGCGCAAGUCCAAGUUCCGCCUGACCAAGGGCGACAAGCAGCUGGACUUCACCUACAAGAUGGCGCGGGAGGCGCUGUGGGCGGAGGCCGGGGGCCCCGGCGCGCGCGUGCACGUGCCGCACCACAUCCCCGACGUUCUGAGUGACAUCACCUACUACGUGUACACGGCCCGGCGUGCGCCGCGCGCGCUCCUCUGCCGCCACGUGCGCGCGCAGUGGGAGCCGCACGAGUACCCUGGCAGCGUGGAGCGAAUGGCGGCCUGGACACCCGACGAGUGCAUCCCUGAGUACUACAGCCAGCCCGCCCUGUUCCAGUCGCUGCACCCCGACAUGGCCGACCUCCAGCUGCCCGCCUGGUGCACCCAAGGCCCCGCCGCCUUCGUGGCCGCGCACCGCCGCCUGCUCGAGUCGCGGGAGGUGUCGCAGGAGCUGCACCACUGGCUCGACCUCACCUUCGGCUACAGGCUGUCGGGCCGGGAGGCCGUGCGGGCCAAGAACAUCUGCCUGCCCCUGGUCGACGCCCACACCCACCUCACCUGCUACGGGGUGGUGCAGCUCUUCGACCAGCCCCACCCACAGCGCAUGAUGGGCCCGGCCUGGGCCCUCGCCGAGCCCCCGGCCCUCACAGGCCGGCCCCAAGCAUGGCGCGGGCAGGGCCGGGCGGAUGGGGCGACGCCCGAGGAGGAGGAAGGGGCCCAGGCUCCGGUGGGGGAGGAAGAAGGGGCCGGGGAUCUAGAGGAGGGCACCGAGGCGCUCGAUUCCCUUUCGGCCUUGGACGGGCCCUCUGCCCCGUCCUUGGAUGUCCCUCCUGCCGGCCCUCCGCAGAGCAAGGCCUGGGGACCUGGCGAGAAGGAGGAGGGCCCGGUGCAUCUGCCCGAGGGCUUCAACCCACUGCAGGCCUUGGAGGAGCUGGAGAAGCUGAGCAACUUCCUGACGCGGGGCCUGCAGAGCUCUCCGCCGGACCUCCCGGCCUGGGACGGGCCCACGAUCCCCAGCUUGUCCUGCCUGCUGCAGCGGGACAUGCAGUCCUUCGGGGUGCUGGUGGCCGAGAUCUUCUUCGCGCAGCGGCUGCGGCCGCUGGGCCUGGAGGCGUCGCUGCCCGAGCGCUUCCAGGCGGUGUGCAGGCUGGCGCAGUGCCGGCUGCGGGAAGUGGCCGAGCCCCUGCAGCAGGCCGUGCUCACCCUGCUCCAUCUGCAAGAGGAGAGGCCCGGCGCCUCGACCCAGCCCCCGCACCCCGCCCUCUUCCACUUCCCGGCAGUUCUGGCGGGCCUGCCCCCGCCCAGCCCCAGCCUCCUGCUCAGUCCCUGCUGCCCCAUCAUCCCCUUCCCGGCCUACUUCCCCAGGCUGCACCGGCUGGCCUGCAGCUUCUCAGCCCCAGGCCAGGGCAUCCCGCUGGGCCGCGAGUUUGUCUUCUCCCUGUGGCAGCAGCUGGACAGGCUGCUGGAGGUGGUGGAGCCCGAGGGGCUGGAGAUUCUGCUGCCCUUCGUGCUGGAGCUGCUGUCAGCCGAAGGCACGGCCGUCUAUUCGGCCUGGUACCUGUUUGAGCCCAUGGCCCGGGCCCUGGGUCCGCGGGGGGCCCAGCGGUGUCUGCUCAGCCCCCUGGCCGGGGUGUACGAGAGGCCUGGGUACCUGCCUGGCCGCUUCUAUCUCUACACGGACUGCUUCGUGUUGCAACUGAUGGUCAGGCUGGGCCUUCAGCCCUUCCUCACCAGCCUCCUGCCCCACAUCCUGCAGGUGCUGACCGGGCAGGAGGGGACUGCCGAGGCCCAAGGGCUGGGAGGAGGGCCAGAGGAUGAGGCAGGGCUGUCCUACGGCAGCAAGGAGGGGAAGGAAGCAGCUGACUCUGGGUCCUACAUGGGCUGUGAGCUGUCGGAGGGUGAGGAGCCGCAGGGAGGAAUCUUUGGCGACGAGCAGGAGGCGGCUGGCCAGGCCAGGCCGAGCGACGGCAGCAGCAACGGCGAGGCCUCAGGCGAGGAGCAAGGCCCGGACUCCGAAACCAAGGACGGCAUGAUCCUCCCCUCCCCCAGGGGGCAGGACAUGGGUCUGGCUGAGGAGGAGGAGGAGGAGGAGGAAGCAGCAGAGGAGGAGGGAGCGGAACAGGCAGCCCCUCUUUGCACCACUCCCGAGGGCAGGCUGUGCGAGGUGCUGAGGGAGAGUGCCGAGCAGGAGCAGGAGCUGGAGGAGGAGGAGCUGACCGAGGGCAAGGAGCAGAAAAUAUUACUCGACACAGCCUGUAAGACGGUGAAGUGGCUAUCGGCAAAGCUGGGCCCCACCCUUUGCUCCCGGCACAUCGUCCGCAACCUUCUGCGCCUCCUCGUCACCUGCUACUUCGGGCCAGAGAAGCAGCAGUUUGUGUUGAAUGGAGAGGAGGACGUGCCGUGCGUGGGCAGUAUCUACAAGCACCGGCCAGUGCUGGGUGACCUGGUGGCACAGCCGGUGUUGGAGUGCCUGGUGUACGUGGCUCAGCUGUACGGCGAGCCGCUGCUCACCUACCAGUGCCUGCCCUACGUAGCUUACCUGGUUGCCCCCAGCAACAGCCGGCGGUUGAACAGCCGGAAGGAGGCCAGCCUGCUGGCAGCAAUGGUGCUGAUGCAGAAGAUCAUUGUCUACCUGUCCGACACCACCCUGAUGGACAUCCUGCCCAAAGUCAACCAGGAUCUGCUGCUGCCCGUGCUGGAGGUUCUCACCUCCCCCCUCGCCAGCUUCCCCGGGGGAGCCCAGGCCCGCUCGGUGCUGGGGGUGAAGACCCUCAGCCUCAUCGCACUGGUGUGCCUGCGGAUCGGCCAGGAGAUGGUGGUGCAGCACAUGAGCGAAACGUUGCGCCGCUUCUUCGAGGGAUUCUCCAUCAUGCCGGAGCAGCGGGAGAAGGCGGGCGAGAGUGACACUCCCUGGCCAGGGACACCCGAGACCGAUGCCGCCGACUGGGAUCCUGCUGCUCUAGACGAGCUGGACGAGGUGUUCAGCCUGGAAAUGGCUUUCUCUGCCUACAUCCCAUUCAACUGCCUGAUCGGCGACACCACCAUUAGGCGGUUACUGCGGAACCACGAGUUGGUGUGGGGGAUGGCCGCCCGCUACCAGGAGGAAGUCAGCGGCCGUGGUGCCGAGAGCCCACCACCCCCCUCGCCGGACACCGGCGACCCCUGGCCACGAUCCGGGCCAAGGGCUGAGGACGGGGCCAGCGGCACCUUCGGCAGCGCCAUGGUGGGCAACCGGAUCGAGAUUGGGCCGGGAGCACGACCUGCCUGGCUGCCCCUGUCCGGCGACCAGGAGCCCGGCUCCCUGAAGCAGGAGCUGGGCCGCAGCGGGCGAUGCCUUGACGGCAACUGGCUGGCACACUGGCGCUACGAGGUGGGGCGCGGGCAGCAGGACGGCCGCUUCCACUUCCACCAGAUCCGGCUGCAGACCUUCACCGGGCACACCGGCACCGUCCGCACCCUGGCGCCACUGCCCAGCGAGGACUUCUUCCUGAGCACCGGGCGGGACCGCACUGUCCGACUCUGGCCCCUCUACAACCAGGGCGAUGGCACGGGCACCGUGGAGCCUCGACUCACAUACGCCCACCACCGCCGGCCCGUCUACUGUGCACAGCAGCUGGGAGCCCUGCAGCAGGUGGCCAGCUGUGACGGCACCGUGCACAUCUGGGACCAGUUCACAGGGAAACCAAUCCGGAUAUUUGACUGCUUUGACUCCCGGAAUCCGAUCACGGCGGUUGCCGCCAUGCCGGCCCCACACUGCAGCCUCCUGGUCGGCACGUCCGACUCCGUGCUCCACUUCAUCGACCCCCGCAAGUCCGGCCUGCAGCACGAGUUCCGUCUGGGCAUUAACGCCAGCGCGGGGCUGAUACGCUGCAUGGCGAUCAGUCCCAGUGGCCGCUCCGUCGCCGUGGGCUUUUCCUCGGGGUUCAUCUACCUGCUGGACACACGGACCGGCCUCAUCCUGAAAGUGUGGCCCGCGCACGAGAGCGAUAUCCUACAGCUGAAGUCGACGGAGGGGAAUGUGUUGGUCAGCUCCUCCACUGACCACUCGCUGACUGUGUGGAAGGAGAGCGAUCCCAAGCCGCUGCAGCAUUACAAGUCGCCCUCCGACCCGGUGCAUGCCUUCGAUCUCCACGGCCACGACGUGGUGGCGGGCACCGUGGCCAACCGCAUUGGCAUCUACUCGCUGGAUGGCUCGGUGCCGGUGGCCACCAGCAAGCUGAGCUGGGAGAACUUCCGGGGAGUGUUGACCAGUCUGGCCAUGCUCCCUGCCAAGCGGCUGCUGCUGCUGGGCUCUGACAACGGCAUGAUCCGUCUGCUGGCCUAGACGGAGCCUGCCCUGGAUCACCGGCCAGGGAACACCUGUACCAAUCCAACAGCGAUGGUGGAGCAGGAAGACCACACUGUCCCAGACCCAGCAGUGCCAGCUCUCUCCAUGUCCUGCACGGAUCCGCUUGGAGGAAUACACACGUUGGGUGAUAUUUUUAACCUUCCGUUGGCCGCGGAACUCUGGGACUCGGAUCCGUCUGCAGUUCACCUGGAGCCCCAACAGUGGCCCGGAGCAGCUCCCCAUUGACCCAUCCUUGUUUGGGCCUUGGGCUCAGUUCCCAGGAUCUGUCCCAGGACUGGCACUGCUCCAGUUCGGAAACCACUCAAAGCCUCCGACUCAGAGGCAUCGGAUCCCAACGGCCAGAGAAUGGACGGGAAGGCGAGGCAACGAGGGGUUGCCUUGUCUAGGAGGAAGUCAGCAGGCUUCUUGGGGGGGGGGGGGGGGGGGGGUUGUUGGCCCUGAGCAGCGAGAC